AGUCAAAGUGGAGGUGGAGGAGGAGAGAGCAGUCAAAGUGGAGGUGGAGGAGGAGAGAGCAGUCAAAGUGGAGGUGGAGGAGGAGAGAGCAGUCAAAGUGGAGGUGGAGGAGGAGAGAGCAGUCAAAGAGGAGGUGGAGGAGGAGAGAGCAGUCAAAGAGGAGGUGGAGGAGGAGAGAGCAGUCAAAGAGGAGGUGGAGGAGGAGAGAGCAGUCAAAGUGGAGAUGGAGGAGGAGAGAGCAGUCAAAGAGGAGGUGGAGGAGGAGAGAGCAGUCAAUGAAGAAGAGGAGAACAGGGAAGUGUCUGCUCCAGACCUAGAGGAGGAAGAGGAGGAAGUAGAUAGUAUCACUGACCCAGGGGAGAUCUCCAACCCAGGUUCAGACAGUGAGCCCAGUUCCACAGCAUCAGGAAACCAUAAACAACACAGACAGAGGAACUCAAGACAGAAACAUCACCACUGCAUGGACUGCUUCACUAGUUUCUAUGAUCCAGAGGAGUUGAGAAGGCACACUUGUAGGCCAAGACCCUGCACAGACUGCAGAGACUGUUUUACUUGUCCAACUCACCCCAAAUCUCCCCAUCAGAUUCACAAAAGAAAGAAGCCUCACCCGUAUGGUCAAUGUGCGGAGAGAUUUCAGACCCCGAGCACUUUGAAGAGGCACCAGCUUAUUCACACAGGAAAGAAGUCGUACCACUGCUUUCAGUGUAGGAAGAGGUUCCAUCGUGUAGACACCGUAAAGGCUCACCAGAGAAUACACACAGGGGAGAAGCCUUUCCACUGCUCCUUGUGUGGGAAGACUUUUGGUUGGUCAAUACAUUUGAAGAGACACCAGAAAAUACAUACAGAGGAGAAGCCUUUCCACUGCUCCCAAUGUGGGAAGAGCUUUAAUCAGUUAUCAAAUUUAACGAAACACCAACAAACUCACACAAGAGAGAAACCUUUUCACUGCUCCCAGUGUGGGAAGAGUUUCAGUCUGUCAUCAUAUCUGAAGAAGCACCAAAUAACUCACACAGAAGAGAAACCGUUCAGCUGUGAUCAUUGUGGGAAGAGUUUUAAAUUCGAAGGAAGCCUUAAGAGUCAUCAGAGAAUACACUCAGGAGAGAAGCCCCACCACUGCUCCCAAUGUGGUAAGAGCUUCGGUCAGGCAGGAGACUUAAAGAGACAUCAGAGAAUACAUAGUGGAGAGAAGCCAUACCACUGCUCUCAAUGUGGAAAAAGCUUCAGUCGGUUAAAUGUCCUAAAGCAACAUCAGAGAGGACACACAGGGGAGAAUCCUUUCCACUGCUCCCAAUGUGGGAAGACCUUCAGCGAGAAAGGAAAUCUAAAGCAACACCAGAGAAUACACACGGGAGAGAAGCCAUACAGCUGUGAUCAGUGCGGGACUUGUUUUAAAUGGAAAGAAAUGCUGAAAGAACAUCAAGAAGCAAUUCACAGUGCAGUGCCCAACACUGACCUUAUAAUGGAGCUGCCAAGCUGGGCGGCUACAUAUCCUGCCAUGGCUGAACCAAAGUCCACAGAGUCCCCAGGUUCUGGCUGUGGUGUUCCAUCACAGAGAAGCUCACAGCAGGGUCCAGAGAUGGUGUCAGUGAAGCUGGAGGACUGCAGUCAAACACUGGAACUCAAUGUGAUUGUGAUAGGGGAAGAGAGACUUAAAGUAGAAGAUCAGAAGGUAGAAGUUAAAGAAGAAGAAGAAGAAAAGGUGGUGGAGGAAAAGAGAGCAGUCAAAGAGGAGGAGAUGGAGAUUGAAAAGGAACACAAGGAUACAGAAGUCAAAGAAGAGCUGGAGGAGAACGCAGUCAUCAAGGAGAUGGAGGAGAGAGGUGUGAAAGAGGAUGAGGAGACAGAAGUCAAAAAGGAGAGAGGACUAGAAGAACAACAGGAGAGAGAAGUCAAAGAAGAAGAAGAAGAGGAGAACAGGGACAUGUCUGAUCCAGACCUAGAGGAAGAGGAGGCAGCAUUAGAUAGUAUCACUGACCCAGGAGAGCGCUCCAACCCAGGUUCAGACGGUGAGCCCAGUUCCACAGCAUCAGGAAAGCAUCAACAACACCGACGGAGGAACUCAAGACAGAAACAUCACCACUGCAUGGACUGCUUCACUAGUUUCUAUGAGCCAGAGGAGUUGAGAAGGCACACUUGUAGGCCCCAACCCUGCUCAGAUUGCAGAGGCAGUUCCGUGUGUCCAACUCCCGUCAUACCAUGCAAAAAGACUAUCAAAAGAAAGAAGACUUACCCCUGUGGUCAAUGUGGGAAGAGUUUUCAGGCACCAAGCAAACUAAAGAAACACCAGAUAACUCACACAGGAGAGAAGCCUUUCCACUGCUCUGUUUGUGGAAAGAGUUUUCCUCUUUCACAGACCUUAAAUAGACACCAGCUGAUCCACACAGGAGAGAAGGCUAUCCACUGCUCCCAAUGUGGGAAGGGCUUUAAGCGACCCGAUUCCCUGAAAAAUCAUCUUAGAAUACACACGGGAGAAAAGCCUUUCCACUGCUCUCAAUGUGGGAAAAGUUUCAGUCAUUCAAACUACUUAAAGACACACCAGCGAACUCACACCGGAGAGAAGCCUUACCACUGCUCCCAGUGUGGGAAGCGUUUCAAUCAGUCUUCAGAUCUAAAGAUACACCAGCGAACUCACACAGGAGAGAAGCCUCACAAAUGUUUUCAGUGUGGAAAGAGUUUUAGUCAUUCAAGCUACUUAAAGACACACCAGCGAACUCACACAGGAGAGAAGCCUUACCACUGCCUUCAGUGUGGGAAGAGUUUCAAUCAGUCUUCAGAUCUAAAGACACACCAGCGAACUCAUACAGGAGAGAAGCCUUAUCACUGCUCUCAGUGUGAAAAGAGUUUCAGUCAGUUUUCAAGUCUGAAGACACACCAGCUAACUCACACAGAAAAUAGGUCAUACCACUGCUCCCAUUGUGGAAAGGUCUUCAGUCUGUUGCACCACCUAAAUAGACACCAGCAAACUCACAAAGGAGAAAAGACUCACCAAUGCUCUCAAUGUAGGAAAAGUUUCAGUCAGUCAUCAAAUCUGAAGACACACCAGUUAAAGUAUCACAGCCCUGACACCGGACAGAGUUCUCUUGCUUUAGAAGAAAGUCAACUUCAAACCACAGAAGUAAAACACAUGUAAACACAUCUUAUGAUGUUAAAGGAGGUGAGCAGUUUUAAUAAAGUUGAAAUAACACUUAAAAAUAUAUAUAUUUGCCUGGAUUUUCAGCCUAUUCAGGUGGGAUAGAGUUUUUGCCCCAGAGCAUGACAUCACAAUCUGAUCUGACCAAUCAUCUUUUAUUUGCAUAUGUAUCCUCUUAUAUUGAAGAGGUUUGUGGGGUAGGCUCUAGUGCAGGGUUCCCCAACUGGAUGCCUGCGGGUGGUUUUGAUUGGCCCCCCAAGUUUUCUGGUCAAAAAAAUAUAAUAAUGUAUAAUUGUUUAUUGUAGGAGAUUAAAGACUGUAAAAACACCAGCCAAUCAGCUCCAAGUGAUUUGAAUUUUGAAAAUCUGUCCCCACGCAUAAGAUACAUAUAUAUAUGUGAUCCUAUACAAAUGUAAGCAAGGUUUGAAAUGAUGUUUUAAUAAAAUGUUAUCGGUU